AUGGCGCACGAAGCACACAAUUUGCUUCGACGGAAGAAGGUUCUGAUGCUCACAAACUCGGAACAUGGGCAAGCCAACGUCCAUCUCGCUGUAGCCUAUGCCAUGCUUCAGCAAGACCCCAGCACUGAGGUGCACAUUGCAUCGUUCCCAAGACUGGCCAAGUUCGUGACCGAGAUGUCCGACUUUGCCGUUCAGAACAUCCCGGGCGCCUCGCCGAUCCAGUUCCACGGGCUUCGCGGAACGUCCUUUAUCGACUGCAUCCUGAAUCCGGAUAUUGACUUCUUCUCCGUAGCCAACACGACGCCAAGCUUCUGGACCUUGUUCACGGUUCUGGGAGGCAUGUCGGUCUGCAUGGGCGCGUGGAAUGCAGAGCAGUUUAUGGAGGUGUACAGAAGCUGCAUCGAUAUCAUCGACAAGGUCGACGCUGAUAUCGUGGCGGUUGACAAUCUCUUUUUCCCGGGAGUCACGGCUUGCCAUCACAUUGAAUGCAACUGGUUGAUGUUGAGUCCAAACUCUCUCAAGGACUUUGUCGCUAACCGACAGCCAAAGCUGGCUGGACUGUGGAAGUAUCCCAGCUUUGGUCUCAUUUGCGAGUAUCCUAUCCCUUGGUACCAGCGGCUCCUCAAUGUCGUUUACAGCCUCUGCGGCUUGUACAUGGCCAUGACCAACGACAGAGUGAAGGAAAUCAAACAUUUGGUCAAAGCAGAGACGGGCAAGGAAGCCGUGGUAAUGAUGGACUUGAUGAAGUCCCCGCCCGCUGGAGUUCCAAUACUGAUCAGCAAUCUACCGGAGCUAGACUUUCCGCUGACGACAAUGCCAGACAUUGUCACGUGCGGACCAAUCCUUCGUCCAACGGCUUCAGUCGCUGAGGAAGACCCGGAGCUUUUCAAAUGGCUUUGCGCCGGUCCGACUGUCCUGAUCAAUCUUGGGACUCACUGUCUGACGGGAGAACCUUCAGCUAUUGAGAUGGCCAAGGCUCUUCGCCUAUUGUUUGAUAUGGCGUGCCGCGAAUCGAAGCUGUCUGGUUUGCGCGUUCUUUGGAAGAUGAAGCAGCCACCUGACGAGCCGUACAGUGUCGAUGUCAAGUCAUCACUGUAUGAUAUUCUGAACAAAGAGAUGCUCGAGGAUAGGGUGCGGAUUGAGGAGUGGAUCAAAGUAGAGCCUGGGGCGAUACUGGAGACUGGCCAAGUCAUUUGUUCUAUCAACCAUGGCGGAGCGAGCUCCUGGAACGAAGCAAUCUGUGCUGGAGUGCCACAAAUCAUUUUGGCCCAAUGGGUUGAUACCUAUGACUAUGCGAUCCGGACAGAGAUGCUUGGCAUUGGGCUCUUUGGUAACAAGCAGACUCCGCCCGGUUGGACGGCCCAGGAACUUGGACCAAAGCUUGUAGCAACUACAGUUGGAGAGAGUGCCGCCACUAUGAGGUCAAAAGUACAAGAAUUAUCUAGACUUUGUUGCAUGCGCCCUGGAGGAUUAGGAAGAGACUUUGCGGCGCGGUUCAUCCUCGAAAAGGCAUGA